AGAAGAAGAAGAAGAAAGCUUUAGAAAGAGAAAAAAUGGUGAGAGCUCCUUGCUGUGAGGCUAUGGGGUUGAAGAAGGGGCCAUGGACUCCUGAAGAAGACCAUAUUCUCAUCUCUUAUAUUCGCACUCAUGGCCAUGGAAACUGGAGAGCUCUUCCCAAGCAGGCAGGGCUAUUGAGGUGUGGAAAGAGCUGCAGGCUAAGGUGGACAAACUACUUGAGACCAGAUGUCAAGAGAGGAGACUUUAGCAAGGAAGAAGAGGAUACAAUCAUUUAUAUGCACACAAUGCUCGGAAAUAGAUGGUCUGCUAUUGCUGCUAAGCUGCCUGGAAGAACAGAUAAUGAGAUCAAAAAUUUUUGGCAUACUCACUUGAAGAAACGUUUAAAUCCGAAUCAGGUCGCUAAGAAGUCAAAGCCAAAGGUGCAGAAGAAAAAUAAAGUUGAGGAGCAGAUUUCACCUGGUUUUGUUCAGAAUGAACCAUCAUUCUUUGAAAUUAACACAGAAAAUGAUAAUGUGGACGUGAUGCAGAAAUGCAUUGAUGAUUAUUUUAAGGAAUAUUUACCAGAAAUUGAUGAGCUUCUGUGGUCAGAAGCGUUUGCUGUGACUGGGGAAGAAGAAGAGAGUUCAAUCGGUGAAAGCUUCAGUCAACCGAGCUUAUCGAAUGAUGAUGCUAUAAGUUUUUGGAUGAAUUUGUUAGCUGAAUCUGGAAAUUUGGAGUGAUUCAGAGUUCAUUUAGGGCGAUUAAUGUGAUUGAUUGUAAAGUAGUUGCAG